AUAAAUGGGUGUUAAAUGAGGCAGUGCAGAUAUUGUAAUUGGCAGCCAAAAGUCAGUGUGGACGUGUGCUGAAGGACAGAGGGACAACCUGUGGGCCCCUCCUGUCAGCCAAGGCUUCUGAUUGGCUAGGACUGAGGUUGUUCUGGUGACUGUGACAUCAUCUGUGCUCUUCCUCAUGUAAGCAGUGAUGGUCUCUGCAGGUCAGGGGAGUUUUUAUAGGUGGCAGCCUGUCUGAAGAUGCGGCAAAGCAGUUCCAAAGAGCCUCCAAUGGCCCCUCAUUUAUGCUUAGCAUUUAACACGACAUGCUGGUGUACUCCGAUCCAGAAGGGGGCGAUAAUGCUCCAUCAAGCUGCUCUGCAAACCACAACUUCGACAAAGAAGAAAAGGGAACCAGGAGGGUUGCCAAAUUGGGUACAAUUCCCCCAAACGUUGCCUCUUUUAGAUAGUCUGCACUGGCAAGUAAAUACAAGUUUUUUUCAUUUUUAUUUAAUAAUAAAAAUAAAUAGGAUUAUGUUAUUAAAUAAUUGGCAUGACUAUAUAGACGUGUUUGUAUUCAUGCUGUUCUGGCUGGAAAAUGUCGGAUUGAUCUGGCAACCCAAACUACCGUCUUGAGUAGUUUGUUUUUCUGUGUCAAUACAGUUUUAUGUUUUGGCUCAAAACACUUGAGUAUGCUCCCGCAGUUAUUACCUCUCCGGAAGUGUCCUCAGUUUAUGAAGAUCGUUUUCAACCUGCAGAAGCAGGCGCGCGCGCCCGUGUGUGAAUCCGCGCGCUUCGAUGAGCACAUCCGCAGAUUCAUCAGAGAAAACACGCAGGUUUGUGGAGACCAGAGUCUGACUCCGGAGAUCAAACUCCGAUUAUUUACCCCGAGCUGCAGAUUCUGGAGGGAGAGUCCGGACCUGUGGCCGUUCGGGGAUCCGUACUGGGCGCUGUACUGGCCGGGGGGACAGGCGCUCUGCAGAUUCCUCCUGGACUCCCCCGCAGAGUGUCGGGGUAAGGCGGUGCUGGAUGUGGGCAGCGGCUGCGGGGCUGCAGCCAUCGCCGCUCGGUUCUGCGGAGCCUCCCGGGUGGUAGCGAACGAUACGGAUCCCGUUGCAGGUGUUGCAGUCCGCAUGAACUGCGAGCUGAAUGGCGUGGAGCCGCCUGUUUGCGUGACGGACAACCUGAUCGGAUCAGAACCUGAAGACUUCCAGGUUAUCCUCCUCGGGGACAUGUUCUACGACGACGCCCUCGCCGCCAGCCUUCACAGCUGGCUGGACCGCUGCAUUAAAAGUCAGGGGACCAAAGUCCUGAUCGGGGAUCCCGGGCGAACUCAGUUUGAGGAUUUCUCCUCCACGAAUGUCCUGCGGCGUUUGGCGCAGUUUGAGCUGCCCGAGAGCGUCAGAGAAGAAAACUAUGGUCUGAGCUGCAGCAGCGUGUGGAGAUAUCAUCCUGAACUCUGAGAACAGAAGUGGAUUUGACCUCAAAAACAUGAAUAAAUCAAAGUGCUAGAUAUCA